CGUCCCCGAGCUUCACCAGCGCAACUGACUGCUGACUGCCACCCUGACAUAAUCAAUCAUCUUCCGUGUCGCUUCACUCAGCCUUAGUACACGGCAGACGGCCAUGAGCCAGUCCCAGAGCGAGCCCGGGGGCUCGGCCAGCAAGCCCAACGGCCAGAGACCCGCCUGUGACCGUUGUCGCGGACAGAAGCUCAGAUGUACAUGGGAUGCCAAGGAACCACAGUGCCAACGUUGCCAUAGGGCCAAUGCUGUGUGCACCGUUCCUUUGCCCAGGCCCAUGGGCCGUCCCCCGCGCCAGCAUCUUGGCAAUACCAAGCAAAGCCAGAGCCAGAGCCAGAGCCGAAGCCAAGCCCAGAGCCCCAACAUGGAGAACCCAUAUGCCUGGAGCGGCUACGAUACCUUCGCCACCGCCUUCUCAAACCACGAGGAUACUGCAAUGAUAAUGGACACCGGCGACUUUACGACCGACCCUUCAGCCAUGCUCAACUGCUUUUCCGAUGCCAGCAGUCUGCAAGGGGUUUGUGCUUGCUCGUCGAUCCCCGAUCCGAGCAUGAACCUUUUUGGCAGCAAUUCACUCUGCCCAUCGAACGGCUUCACACCCCCAGCGCCGGUAGACUGUUCAACAAGUGACGAUGUCCCUCAUUCCUCGGGGAAGUGGGUCGACAAUUAUGUCCAACUCCUGACACGACUGGCAGAGCUGAGUGUCGAGCUGUUCCGGCACCCUUUAAACCAUAAAAAGGACAAGGCCCAGUCUCACCUAGAUGAAAGCAAUCCAUCAUCCUCUCCCAAACUACCGAGUAACGACCUGAAAUUGCCAUCAGAUCUGCACCUGGCUGAUCUUGGCAUCGGGAAGCUGCUCGAGAUGACGAGCCAGCUGGCGAGCAUCGUCGCGGGAAUUCGCAGCAUGGACAGCCAUGCAAAGGCACAGAGAGAGGACCACGACCGGUCUACGACGCUCAUGGUUUUGAGUUGCUAUACGAGACUCGAUGUCCUCUAUACACGCAGCAUCCACGUACUGGGCCAAGUUCGCAGCGGCAGCUCCCACAUCAAGGACAUUCACCUUUUAAUGCCCGAGUUGACGGUAGACGGUUUCUCUAUCGACCGCUGUUACGAAAUCAAGCUAAGUGUCUUGCUUGGCCUGUACGAAAAGGCGCACGAGAGCGUCCGCAAAUGUAUGAAGAGCAGUAAACUCCUGACGAGUACAUGAAAGAUGAUUGUCAUGACAAGCGACAUGGUAGACUAGUUCUUAUGAACCUAGAUUCAGUGGCACGCCAUCGUACCGGGGAUGAAUGAUGAAUUAUGAAUCAUCUAACCUAGCACACUUGCAGCCAGCUAUGG